AUGGGGAAUAUGUGUUAUCGCGAUUACGACGAGGAGAAAUUAUUGGGAGGAUAGGAAGUCAAGAAACCAGAAUCAGUCUAAGGAUCAAUAAUGAAACCUAAACCUAGUGGAGAUGGUUAGACAAACGAAAUUACAAAUUAGAAUUAAACAGAGAUGACCGAUGACCCAGAAUUGUAAGUGGAGAAAGAUGAAUUCAUCAAAUUGUCCAACGAAAAUACAAAAUAAUUGGACAUAGCAUCAAAAACAUAAGAACCUGAGGGACAGGGUUUGCAAACUCAGAAAGUCAAUAUCGACAGUUUCAGAUUGUUGAAGGUGUUGGGAAAGGGAUCCUUCGGGAAGGUUAUGUUGGUUCAAUAUAAAUCGAAUUAGAUAGCAAAAUAUUACGCAAUGAAGGUGUUGCAGAAGAAGAAUAUCAAGAAUGAGAGAUAAAAACGUCAUACGGAGACUGAGAGAAUUAUUUUGGCAACAUGUUCUAGUAUCUUUUUAGUAAGAUUGAGAUAUGCAUUUUAAUCAUAAUAUAAAUUGUAUCUUGUUGUAGACUAUAUGCCAGGCGGAGAACUAUUUUAUCAUUUAAGAAAAGUGGGAAGAUUCAAGGAAGAUGUAGCUAAGUUUUAUGCAGCAGAAAUCCUAUUGGGAUUACAAUAUUUACAUGAAAACCAUAUCAUCUACAGAGAUCUUAAACCAGAGAACAUUUUGCUUGAUGAAACUGGUCACAUCAAAUUGACUGAUUUCGGUCUCUCCAAAAUUAUGAUGGAAGAAGACGAAACUGCAUUCAGCUUAUGUGGAACUCCCGAAUAUUUGGCUCCUGAAAUACUCACCACAAAAACUGGCUAUGAUAAGACCUGUGAUUGGUGGAGUUUUGGAGCUUUGCUGUAUGAAAUGCUAGUUGGAGCCCCUCCUCAUUACAAAGAAAACAAAAAGGAAAUGAUUCGCAGGAUAUUAACUUAACCGAUACCAUAUCCUUCAUAUUUAUCUGAAAAUGCUCGAUCUAUAUUGGAGUAACUAUUGGUUGUAGAUCCAAAAAAACGUUUAGGAUAUGAAAAUGAUGGAUAUGAUAUCAUGAAGCAUGAUUUCUUUAUUGGCAUCGAUAUGGCAGAAAUCAUUUAGCAUAGAAUCCAACCGCCUUAUAAAUUCGACAAAAAGGAGUUGAAGUACUUUGAUGAAGGAAUGACCAAGUAAAUUGCUAAAGACACACCUGUCAAUGGUACCUUAUUACCGAAUUAAAAUUUUUCAAAUUUCACCUAUCAACCCAGCAUGCAAUAAGGUGCUACCAUUAAAAAAUGA